AUGGAUACGCUCAAACCCAUCAAUAAGAACGAUGAUUCUGAUGUACGGCAGAAAAUAAUUGUUGUCUGUCGAGAUAAAAACAAUAAAUACGGCGUUAGUAUAACCGGACAUAAUCCAGUUUCGAUUAAAGCAGUUCGUAAAGGAUGUCCUGCAGAUAUUGCAGGCCUUAAAGCUGGAGAUAUGAUUAUAAAGGUUGAUGGAAAACUCGUGAUUGCGGCCAGUCACGAAACGGUUACUGAUAUGAUGAAAGCGGCAAAUCAGGUAACGUUAACAUUGGCAGAGCGUGAUGAUACAACGAUUGAUUGUUCUAGUUUGCUAAAGCCCAAGUCAGAAAAGACAGCUGCUUUCUUACGGUACUUAAUCGCGAAUGAAAAACCAAACGCACUGCUAUUCUUGUUAAUGAGUGAAGCUUAUCGCCAAAAGCCCGGUAAAGUGAAGGAUAAAAAAAGAUGGCUGUAUGAAAUUUCUACUGCCUUCCUCGUUCCUACCGCACCUUUAGAAAUAUCGGUGGAGCCGCAGAUCAUAUACAAUAUUGUCAAUGUAAUACAAAACGAAAGCAUCAGGGAUGAUCAAGUGUUUUCCAACAUAUUCUUGGCUGCCAGGGAACCUGCUAAGAGUGUAGUUAUGGAAAAGUUUACAGAAUAUAAGAAAACGAGACCUAAUCUAAUUGAUAAAAGCAAAUCAGAUGAUAUAAAAGCAGCUGAAGGCAUUCUAACGCCGCAACUAAAUCGCUUAAUGGAAGAUAUUGAAGCCUUUAGACAGGUUUCUCAAUCAACUUUGGAUGUGCAUAUUUUACCGGAUAUUUUCAAGUCUGCUAAUAGUGCCUUAGGAAGAUGUCCUGCAUUCCUUCAAAAAGAUAGAUCAGGAACUGGACCAAAUGAAGAAUGCUUUAUUAAAGGACACCGUUUUCAGCCGCAAGCCUUUACCACAAUAAAAUAUUGUGGCCAAUGUAACCGCGUUAUAUGGGGUAUCGGAAAGAACGCCUAUCAUUGUCAAGCAUGUGGCUUCAAUGUCCAUAUAUCUGCUUGUGCCAAGAGCCUUUUGUACAGUUGCCAAGGUAGUAGCGCGCGAAAGCCCAUAAAAACUGCCAGUAACAAGCGCACAUCAUGGUGGAAUUUCAGCGGCAAUACUGCGGAUAAACAAAGCAGCGAUGCUCGAAAUUUUGAAAGCCGUCGACAGGAAGAAUUAGCUAUCUCUCAAGUAGCUAGGAAAAAAUUACAAUUCAGAAAUCAGAAUACUGAUGCUACUGGCACAAUCACUGAAGAUGAAGCAAGAAUAAGAAAGAUUACAGCUAAUCUUCGAACAAGGCCUAUGCCAACCGAAAAUAGCGAAAAUGAUCUUGCUUUAUCAGAUGACGAGGAUGAUGAUCCUGACUUAGCAAUACCUGCAGAAGUACCCGAUUGGGAAACCGUAGUUAGUAAAGAGAUGGCAGAGCUAAUAAUAAAUAACGAUCUGGAAACUAAGAGACAAAAGGUUAUACUCGAAUUAAUUCAUACUGAAAAACUUCAUCUGAAGAGCCUCAAGGUUUUGAGAAAGCUAUUUUACAAACCAUUUAUUCGUAGCCGCUUAUUCGAUAUGAACUUCAUCUAUGAGCUAUUUCCAAACUUAUUGGAUCUUAUAAAAAUACAUAAAUCUAUCAUCGCAGCUAUGGAAAAGCGGCAAGCGGAAUCUGAAAUAGUUGAAUCUAUAGGCGAUGUUAUCAUAAACAAGUUCAGUGGUAAGCCAGGUUAUGAACUUAAAGAAGCCUAUGUUGUGUGCUAUAGCAAUCAAUCUCUGACAUUGGCAAUAUUUAAGGAAAAAUUAAAGGAUUCAAAGAUAGAGAAAUUUAUCAGGGAAUGUGAGAGCCAUCCACUCUGCAAACACACUAGUUUUCAGGAUUUAAUUUCAUCCGGGUGUCGACGACUAAUGAGAUAUCCCCUGCUAUUAGAUCAAAUCGCAAAGUACACACAAGUCGACGAUCCAGAUUUUGAAGGUGUGGUCAAAGCUCUUGGAUGUUCUAAGGAAGUAUCUAUGUUUGUAAACUCCGGCAUACGGGAAGCAGAAAACUAUCAAACUUUGAUUUCCAUUGUUAAUAAUAUGGACCGAUCAGCAAUUGAUCAAUCUAAUGACCCACAAUUAAUGGAAUAUAAAGCAAUUGACUUUAUGAAACAGCGGUUACUGCAUUCUAAUGACGUGAAGUUUAAAUCUCCAGAGGGUGAAGAAAUUCGUAAGUUAACUGAGCCAUCAAGAUAG